AUGAAUCAGUGGGAAAGUAUAUGUAGGAUUUCGCAUUUUAAGUUGUACUAUUUUACCUUUCCUGGUAAAAGAAGACUUCACAAAAGAGUUCAUCAAGUGCGUGGUCGUCCUUUCUUACGUGAAGAACCCCUUGAUCAUGUGGAUGACCAGGCAGAUGGUUCACGUGAAUAUUACAUUGUAAAGGAACGCAAACCUCGUUCUACGCCUAAAAAAAGGAGGAAAAAACGUGCUGGUGGUCGUCGCCGUGUUGGUCGUCAUCGCCCUGUUGGUCGACGUACCAUUAUUGAUAUCCAUUUAGAAGUCCUAGGCGAAUGUCAAAAAGGGGACCUGCAUUCGAGGAAGGAAGACUUUUUUGAAAUUUUGGUUCAAGAGUUCAUGGGAAGCAAUUUUAUAAAAGAAGUUCAAUGUUUUGGUUCAGAUUCCGGGUUUAGGGAGGAAGACUUCGUUCCUAGGGAAGAUGUUCCUGAGGAACAGGUUCAAUGUUCCGAUUUCGGAUGUAGGAAGGAAGACUUUGUUCCAAAGGAAGGAGUUCCUAAGGAACAGGUUCCAAGUUCAGAUUCCGGAACAGGUUCCAUGUUCAGUUCCCUAAGGAAGAAAUUCUUAAGGAAUAAAUUGCUAAGGAAAAUAUUCCUAUGGAAGGAGUUCCUAAGGAAGAGGACGUUCCAAGUUCAGAUUCCGGACAACAUUAGGCAGGACAAUACUCAGUUGGGUGAAUGA